AUGAUAGAAGCUAGAAGUGACGAUGUGAAGGAAAAGAAGCCUGAUCCAUCAAUUUAUGUCACAGCAGCUAAGAGGCUAGGUGUGUCUGGGAGAGAUUGUUUAGUGGUGGAGGAUAGUGUCAUUGGGCUACAGGCAGCGACCAGUGCGGGGAUGUCAUGUAUUAUAACCUAUACAUCAUCAACGGCUAACCAGGGUUUUAAAGAUGCAGUUGCAAUUUACCCUGAUCUGAGUGAUGUGAGAUUGAAUGACCUGGAGGCUUUGCUUCAAAACGUAGUUGCUGCCCGUUGA